AUGUCAAAGACAGAUGGUCCCCAACAUGAUUCCAGUACAAAGGAAACCGGGGAAGAUAAACAGGAACGUCCCUACCACCUUUCAUAUUCCGUUGGAGUGGCCGAAAAUCAAAAUUCAAAGUUCCGUAAGACUAUGGAAGACGUUCACACAUACGUGGAAAACUUUGGGUCGAGACUAGACUGGGGUUAUUUUGGAGUUUUCGAUGGACAUGCAGGUUCACAGGCAUCAAAAUGGUGUGGAGCACAUUUGCAUUCGGUGUUAGAGAAGGACAUUAUGGAUGACGAGAGUAGAGAUGUAAGAGAGGUUCUCAACGAUGCAUUUUCUUACGCUGAUGAGCGUAUAAAUACGGAUCUUGGUGGUAACAGUGGAUGCACAGCAGCUGUGGGUGUACUACGUUGGGAAGUACCUGAAAAUAACCCAAACGAGAAAAUAGAAUUGGACGAGCAUAAGCGAAUGCUCUACACGGCCAAUGUUGGGGACACUCGAAUCGUUUUGUGUCGUAAUGGCCACAGUGUAAGAUUGACUUACGAUCAUAAGGCUUCAGACAUACUGGAGAUGCAGAGGGUUGAAGCGGCAGGAGGCCUCGUCAUGAGAAGUCGUGUAAAUGGAAUGUUGGCAGUUACACGGUCUCUAGGUGACAAGUUUUUCGAUAGUUUAGUUGUCGGCAACCCGUUUACAACCAGCGUAGAAAUAACAACCACGGAUCAGUUUCUCAUUAUAGCGUGUGAUGGACUAUGGGACGUAUUAGAGGAUCAGGAGGCCUGUGACGCUAUCAAGGGUAUAGAUGAUGCUAACGAGGCUGCUAAGAUUUUAGUAAGGACGGCGUUGAAACAGGGUACAACUGAUAAUGUCACAGUUAUGGUAGUGAUGUUCGAAAACAAUUCUUAG